UGGCUCUUUUUAUGCCCUUCUUCUUUCUCACAAUACUCCACUCCUUUAUUUCUCAUCAAUCCAAUUUCGUUUUAUUUAUUUUCAUAUUUUUACCCACAUUUUAUUUUUUUAUCGCUCAUUUGAUUAUUGCCAAGAGCCUGUGAAUUUUAAAUAAUUUUUUUAAGAUUAAUUAUUGUCAGAGUGUCAAGAGCAUGGACGCGGAGUUAAUGAAAAUAUAAUCGAUCAGAUGGAUGAUAAUUUUGAUGAAUAUUUAAGAGAAAGCUGUUUUGCAGGGAAUAUUCCUCCGUACAACUGAUUCCUUCCGUCGAGACCCAAGUGCUUUGAAUGAUUUUGUCUUAGAUAGUGAACUGAUGAAUAAGAUUGUACUCGUGAACUCAUGACCCUCGUGACCUAGUCUUCUAUGACGAGAAGUAAAAAAAAGAAAUUAAUUGGAAAUAUUAAAAACGUAGAUGAUGAUGAUGAUAAUGUGGAAGAAGAAAAACCUAUUCCAGGGCUGCCGGAAAAAUAUUUACGAAUGCAAGUUAAUGCUGGCACUAAAUUACGAAAUGUUUUAAAGUAUGCGAUAAAAAAUUUUGAUGAAUUUAAUAGUGUUUUAUGGACUGGUACUGGAAAAGGAAUUGAAAAAACUGUAACGUGUGUUGAAAUAUUUAAAAGACAAAAAACGGGAUUACAUCAAAUAAAUAAAAUACGUUAUGUUAAGUCUAAGACAGAUGAUAAAAUAAAAUUAGUACCUGAGAUAAAUAUAUUUUUAUCAAAAGAUGCAUUAAAUACUUCGGAACUUGGCUAUCAAGCGCCAGGAGACUUAGGGAUGUUUGAGGAUUCAAAUAUAGUUCAGAGUCAAGGAAGUAAAAGUAGAAUGUCAGAGGAUGCUAUGAAAGAAUUUGCGGAAAUGGGUUUGAGAACGGGUCAAAAGAGGUCAAGGAAAAAGACAAAUAAUGAUGGCCCCAUUAAGAAGGGGAAAAAGGCGUGAAUUUAAUUUUAUUAACAAGUAAAUAAAUAAAACAUUUUUUUUAUUGCUCGCACGUGAGUAAUUAAAAGCAAUUUUUUAUUCAAAUAAUCGUUUAUCUUCCAACUUUCCAUUACUUUUCACUCGAAACUGUUUUUGAUGAUAAUUAUAUUUUUUAUUUAUUUUUGUUUUAUUUAUACUGAGUACAAUUUUUAGCAGAUGUUUGCUUACUUAGCAACCAUUCGCAAUUUACUUUUAAUGUUCGUUUGUAGUCAGCAAUUUUUAUUUAAAAAAUCAACGAACAUUCUAUGCAACUAAAAAUAAUUAAAUAUUUUAAUUAUUUCAAAUUUAUGGACAUAAAAUAAUUAAAUUAAAGAAUAAAAAUAUAUCUGAAUAUUUAUCGUAAUUUUUAUAAAAAAAAUCUGAAGUAGCUCAGAAAAUAUUCAAAUCAGAGUGGAGUAUCUUCAUGCUGAUCAAUUUUUCAAAUUUAAUUAAAUUUUUAUGCUUUUAUAAAAAUAUAUUAUGAAAAAAAAUUUUUGACAUUUUGAGUCUUCUUCGGGAUUCCCGGAUCUUCGGAAGCCUGAUAGUAGAAGACAAUUUUAAAAUGACGUAAAGACACCUUUUCAAAUUUAAAUUUUCGCGCGAAAGAUAUUUAAAUUUAAAAGACUUUAAGUUUGAAUGAAAAAAAAAGAUCAUUUAAAAUAUUUUAAUCUUAAUUACAAUUAAAAAAAAUUUGAGGAUUUCGUAAAAACUUUAUUUAUUUUAUUUAAUAUGAGUACAUACCAUUGGGAUAAUUACAUUAGAUAAAAUUUUUAUAACAUAUUUCUGCUUAUUUAGCAUUUGUUCUCAAUCCACUUAUUAUUCUCGUCAGUAGUCAGCUAUUUUUAUUUACAAAGUCUAUGUACACUGAUGGAAAAAAUCAAAAUUUAAAAUUCUGAAAAUCAAAUUCUGACAGUUCAUUUAUUUUUAAAAUAAUUAAAGUUUAAACGAAAAAAAAUCAAAUCGAAAUUUAUCGGCAGUGAAAUAUUAGACACUAUCAUAUUGCUUAGCAAUUUUAUACUUGUUACCAUUGAUUAAAUUUGAAAGUGCCGCGUAGAAAUAAUUAUUCGCAGUUACUUUAAAUUUAAACUUAAAUAAUAAUAAAUAAUAGUCGUAAUGAAAAAAAAUUAUUGAAUAUAAACUGACGUAAUAAGAGAACAAUUAAAUAGUUUAUGACUACAAUGGAUAAAUACUUGGUUUGUAUUAUAACAUUUUAUUAAUUAUUAUUAUUUCAUCUAAGUCAUACAAGUUUUCUUACUCGUUAUUCAUAUAUUUAAUUAUAAUUUAUUAUUUAAUCAUACUCAAUUAAUUAUUGAGGGAAUUCUCAGAAAAUACUCCUACUUUUCAAAAAUAUUCAAUGACGAACUGUCAUAAGUAUUGAAAUUUUUUUACUUAAUUAAAAAAAAAAUUAAAUACAGACAGUUGAGUCAUUCAAAAUUUUUAAAAAAUUAAGUACUGUCUAAAAAUCCCCUCAGUAAAUUGUCUUAUUUUUUUUUACCUUAAAUUCAUGAGUUGCUGAUUAUUUAAAAUUCCAUUUAUAAAAUUUUAACAUUUGAGUUCCUCCAACAAUUAAAGCUCAUUAAAAAAUCAAAUGCACAUUCACUUUAUUUACUAAUUAAUCAUAUUAAAAUUUAUUAUUGAUUCAAUUAAUUAAAAAAAAAUUUUUUAUUUCAAGCCCAAGAUUUACAAACAAAAAUUAUUAACUGAUACUUUAAUGUAGACGAUAUAAAAAGUAUGUAUGAGUAAUUAGACUGAAAUUGUAAUAAUUAUUAAUAUUAAUAAAUAUGUUUAUAUAUAUAAUUUUAUAAAUUAUAGUCUCAUACCUUUAAUUGUAUUUUUCAUCAGUCAGACAUUUAAUAAGCCUUCGUUAGAUGCAUUUGUCCAGUAAUUAAUUAAUUAAUCAAUAAUAUUAAUAAUAAUAAUAAUACAAUAAUUAUUGAUAUUCAAAUAAUAUAUAAAAUUAAAAUUACCGCGUAUUUUAUAAUUUAACCGCGAAAACUUUAUAUUUUAAAUGAAUUUAAAUUUCUACGUGUGACUUUACAACAAGUCUUUGAAGAUUUACUUGUUUUUUUUUUUCAUAUCUAAGGAAUACUAAACUUUAAUUAAUUAAUUUAUAUUAUUUUUUAAUCAAUAAAAUUGUCAAUUACUUUUUUGGUCGCAUCGAUAUCUAGUUUUAAAUCACUGGGUUUUUAAAUUCAAAUUCGGACAUAAAUUUUUUGUCCAUAAUUUAAAUUUGUAAUUGACUUUUUUUUUGUAAUUAAAUAAUGUAAAUAUUUUUAUAAAUUUAAGUAAAAAAUUAAACUGUUUCUAUAAAAAUUUUUUCUAUACAAUUUUUAUAUCGACGUGUAAUCGCUCGCAUUAAGCAUAAAUAUGUCGUGUUAUAUUUUUAAGGUUUUUUACUGCAAUUAAUUUGAUUACGUCAUAAAAAUCGGGUUAUUUUAUCUGCAGGUAAUUUGGCGCUAAUUUUUAAACAUUUUUAUUUAAUUUUAUUAUUACUGUUAUCUUUUUUUAUUGCAGUCAAUAAAAAAAAAGUUCCAC